CUUCUAUUAUCGACAUAGAUAAGGUCAUGAAAGAAAUAUUGCAAUAAGGCGACAAUAGUAGAUAAAUUUAUGGUGGACUCAUGAAGAUGAACGUUAUGUUCUAUGUUGCCGGCGUUCUACUUGCGACGUUUACAUCAUCACAUGGCCUGAAAUGUCUGUCUUGCUAUGAUAUACCUCAACCCAAUGAUUGCAAUUCCAUAUCCGAAUGCGGUCAGCACGAGGAGUGCUUUACCGACGUCCAUGUGACGCCUAGUGGACAUAUGCUUUUCUCACUUGGAUGCCGGGACCAAAGGCAAUGUACAGUUCACAAAAGACACCUUUCCGAUUUAUCGUCAGAAGGGCAUAAUGACACCGCGAAACAUUGGACGGAAGAAAUAGAUAAUGCUAAUGAUGGUGUUAUGAGUAACACACGUUUUAAUCACAAGCGAGAUCUUAUAGUCUGCAGCCAGUGUUGCCCUACUGGCGACGUGUGCAAUGUACAUCUGUGUGGAAGCAAAGGCUACUCAACACAACGUGGUCCUCUUUGCUACGCAUGCCCACAACAGCAAGGACAAUCGACAUGUCCCAGAAUACAAGUGUGCGGGCAAGACGAGGCUUGCUUCAUUGAGGAUUUGAGCAUCGCUGGACAGGCAGUAUUUCAUACUGGAUGUUAUGGGCUUCGUAAAUGCGCAGCAGACCACAUGUUUAUUGAAACUAAUGCCCUUAUCGGACGACGUACUAUGCAACAACCAAAUGCCACCGACGAUAAUGGUCCCGAUGAUUCGGAAGAUGUGCCCCAAACAACAAGACGGUGCUGUCGAACGGAUUUCUGUAAUUAUGAUCCAUGGGGGACCUGGCAGAGCUGGACAGCAUGCACUGCUACUUGUGGAUGGAGAGGGGUUCGAACUCGCAAAAGGGCCUGCCUAAACCAGAACGGGAAAGCGUGCUCGGGGACGGAUGUAGACUAUGAUUAUUCGUGCGCCGACAGAGACUGUGCAAACACAACGUUCUGUUUACGUUGUGACGCCUCGAUUUCUCCGUCUACAUGUCAACACGUGGAGCAAUGUGGAGAACACUCCUCGUGUUACACAGACCAAUACCAGAUGGGAGGAAAUAUCCUCUACGCAACUGGGUGCCGGGAUAAGAGGCUUUGUUUGGCAGGUGGGAAACGCUUCAUAGAAAAUGCAGGAGAAAACAUCAUAUGCUCUCAAUGUUGCGAAAACAAAGACCUUUGUAACUACGAACUUUGCGGAAACGAACACCUUGCUAAACUGGUGUGUUUCGCAUGUGAUGAGCAAAUCGCGCCGUCAAAAGAAAGUUGCAGCAAGAUCAACGUUUGCAAAGACAACGAGGUUUGUGGUCUGAUGAAAAUAACCCAAAACGGCCGAGAACUUUACAAAACUUCUUGUACUGAUUCAAAGAGUUGCAAUCCUGUACCGUUCGCCAACUCCAUGUAUCCGAAGUGUUGCGACACCAACCUGUGUGACUCCUACAACAAAACUGAUACCGGUCAUCAGACACAACAACCCACACAGUCCUCAAACCGUCCGCAAACAACGUCUACGACAGCCCUAACCCAUCAUCAAACAACGUCUACGACAGCCCUCACCCACCCACCAACAACGUCUACGACAGCCCCAACCCAGCCUCAAACAACGACCACGACAAAUCCUCCGCUUCCUCUUGGAUGGGGGGAGUGGGGACCCCACAUUUGCCUGGAAAUACAGAAUAAUAUACAAGGGACUAAGUCUCGUUGGAGGACGUGUUACAACCCAACUGAUCAGCCUGUGAUCGGUUGUUAUGACGGCGAUGUCCAAGAAGAAGUCUCAGGUCGAAGUUUCUGUUAUGGCGAAACGGGGAAGCAGUGUCAAAAGGCAGAAAAUGUGCGAAUAAUAGCAAGCAGCCAACUACCGCUUGGAGGCAAGGUUACAUUACAAUGUAUCGCCGAUGGUGACCCAACACCGCACGUAAUAUGGAGCACACCGCAAGGGAUAAGCUGGCAAAGGCGCAAUCUUGUCAUUGAUGUUGUGACGAAGGCGGACGAGGGCGAGUACGUCUGCCACGCAUCCAACCUGUGUAGGGAUGGAAUGGACAUCGAAAACAUCGAGACAAGGAAACAGAUCAGUGUUGUGUAGCCGCGCAUUAUAACUGACUCCGCAAAUAGAGUCCAUAUCAAAAAAUAGCGUUAGAAUUUAAAAAUUUUACGCUCACGUAUGCGGGAGAUUAAUGGGACAUGAAAGAAAACCGGACAAAAUUAAGGUGAGAACAAGUAAAACGCAGAUAUAAAGAAAAUCUACAUGUAUUCACCUUUUUUUUUGUUUUUAAGGAUAUGGAUGCCUCUAAUUAAAAAAAUAUUGGAAUUUGUUGUGUAAACCUAAAUAAAACUAACUAAGUGCAAGCGAUGUUCAUUCUCAGCAAUAUGCAGUUUUACAUAUUGGUUAUGACCUGUCUUCAAAAUAGACAUUCACAGACAUGUCAAAUGAAUAAUUCCGCUUCAUUGUACGAGCUUAGUUCAAAACGUUCACAUAUUAAUUUGAAAAUGAUUUUCUGUCAACCUAAGAUCAUUCCAUAUUUCCGUAUUUGUUAACAAAUCAAACAUGAAAUAAAAACAGACAGUUUAUUCGAAUGAA